ACGCGCGCGCCAGUCCGCCGCCAACCGCCGUCGCGUCAACACGCGCGCGCUCAUAAAACCGCGCGACGCGACACGCGCACAACUGACGCGAUCGCGAACUCCGAUUCCCUUUUUGUUUAUUUUUCGCUUGCGUCCUUCGGACCGUUUUGUGUUUUCGAGGCACCGAGACGAAGAAAAAAAAAACAGGCGCGGAUGGAUCAAGCGACCAGAGAAGAUUUGAUCAGGCCACACACGUAACGCCUGACCCCGCGCCUGCUGAAGAACGACAACCAAAAGCCACGAAAUCCUCAAACCAAAGCCUCCAGUCAUAUCUUUCGUUUCAAAAAUCUAAAUAUAAGCACUAUUUUUUUAACCUUUUAACGAUAAAGCUAAAUCGUAAAUAGUAUACGCUACUCCCAAACAGUACAAAUUAAUUUAAGUCUGAGUGAUCGGUAUUUACAAUAAAGAAGCCUUCGAACGAGCAAAAGAUAAUCUAUCAACGACCAGUAUUUAAACGUUCCAAAAUAAUAGAAAUCGUUAAACGAGUGCACAAAAUAUUUUAUCAAUCGUUAAACGUAACGGAACAACUCCUCGAGCAUUUUCUAAAGUCAGCCAAAGAUUUUUAUAACCCAUAGCGUUAAGACUCGUGUAAGUUAAACUGCCUGUUAAUAAGGAUUUUCUACAUUAUUUAUUUGAUAGAGAUCAAACGAAGAUAUUGUGAUUAGUGUAGUGUAAACCAGUGUGCCGUAUAAUCGUAAAUUAAGUGCUAUAAUCCAGACUAUAAUACUAUAUAACGUCAGAGAGUACAAAUUGAUAAGUUCCAGUGCAGUUCCGAGUGUUCAGUACAAUAGUAGACUUAGUAAAGGUUAUUUUUGUAUAAAGUGAUAGACGCGAUGAGGCAGCGUCGAAUGAAGAAGUCAUGAGUGAGACGCUGCGGAGCGAAGGUGCGGACAGCGCGCACCUGCCGCCGUUCUCCACGUUCGGAGAUAUGGCGGACGACCAACGCAUCCUGACCGCCGAUACGCGGCUGCUGGACCCAGCCUGGGAGUACUACGAGCGUACCGGGGACACCGUCUCCGUCAUCGCCAGCCAGGCGCAGUACCGCCCGUGGGAAUCCAUGCCGCUCACCGUCAACUCCAAAGACGCCAUCCUUAGAGCUGGCUUUUCCACCGCUCUCGACUACCAACCCAUAGCAACUCUCCAACCUAUAGCGAACAAGCUGCCUUCCUUCCAAAGCCAGUUCCAAACGUUCCCCGAGACGACCGUGAUCCCGGAGACGGGUCUGCCAAGCGUGACCCCGGUCCCCGUGACGGCCAGCCCGACGCCCAGCGCGAGUCCUAGUCAGUUAACACAACUCACGCAGCUUACGACGCCAUCGUCUCCCGCGCAUCUCACCACGCUGGCGCAAGUCACUCCUUUAUCAACCACUCUUACUACCUUAUCCCCUGUUAAUGCCACUACAUUCCACACGCUAACAGCUGUCAACGCUAGAAGCUACCCCAUUGUUCCCGCGCCGCUACAAGCGAGGGAGCUCGCCCCCGCCGGCCAGACCUACAUCGAUGACAGGCAUAUUCAGCUAUAUCAGCCGAUCAACACAAUUAAUACGUUCCCGGCACAAAACGGUAUUUUGCACCAAAAUGGAACAAUACUUCAUCAGAAUGGGAGCUUAAUACAAAACAUACAAAGUCCGACCGUCGUGCACGUGUUGAAGAACGAGCCGUUUGAUGUGAAGUCUCUACAAGACAAGUACACGCCAAAUGGGCUGCACCAUAGUAAUUUCCAGAACCCAAUGUUGAUAGACAACGGUUAUGAAAAGAAGUCGAACGGUUUUGGUAGUGGUUCUUCGCCGACGAGGUCUGAUUUUCGAAAGAAGGAAAGGCGGAAAAUGAGAGCGAAUAGUUCAGAAUCUGACGGGUCGAAUAUGGAAGUGGGUUCAGAGAGCAGUGGGCAGGUGGCCGCGGUAUCUUCAACGGCUGGGUUCAAGUCCCCGAUGCACGGGGCUCCGCCCAUGACCACCGGGCCCAUGGAGCUGGACGACAUAUCUAGCGAGAAACAGUUCUUCCCCUCGCAGACGAAGAAGAAGAGGAAGCGGUGUGGUGAAUGCAUCGGGUGUCAACGUAAAGACAACUGCGGUGACUGCGCGCCCUGUCGGAAUGAGAAAUCUCAUCAGAUUUGCAAACAGAGGCGAUGUGAGAAACUUACGGAGAAAAAGCUUAUUUUGGCGCCGGACGGGACGCUGCAGACGGUCAAGAGCGAGUCGAGGCGAGGUCGAGGCAGAGGGCGCUCCGUCACUACUCCUGUCUUACAAGAUAUCAAGAGCUUCCGCGGCAGGAAACCCCUCGGCGGCGGCGUCCCCGGCGUGUCAGUCCCCGGCGUCGGGCUCAGCCCCGGCGUACCCGCAGCGGCGUCUCCGAGCCCCGCGCCGCAAGCCCCAGCUGCCCCCAGCCCCGCCCCGGCCACCACGCCAGCUAUGAAGCAGGAGCAUCCCAGUCAACCCAUGGUCUAUUUGUUGCAGGCUCCGAUGCCUUUCUACGCCGGCGAUCCCAAUAGGUUCCCCACCACCUGGCAAACGGACCCCUCACAAGGUUGGCAAAAUCAAUUCAUCCAGCAACUGCCAACGCAAACUGGUCAGACGACGUUGGACUACCAAGGCAACCACACAGCGUACGCUACGUCGCCCCACUACCAAGCCAACACGACCUACACCGUCCAGAAUGUCGCCACUACCUUUGACGUCACCAACAAUACUUACUACCAAGCUGGAGUACAAUCGGUCCCGGCCCAGAGGCCGCCUUCUAACCGCGGAGCGUACACGCCAGUCCCAUCACCAAGAGCUCCGCAUUACACCACGGAAUACCAGCAACAGUACGCGCAACAAGCCCCCACUCCAGGCGUCACCGCUGGCAACGACUCUCGACCAUCAUCUGCCGCCUCAUACCAAAAUUCAGUGCCAACAUCUGCUGCACCAGUCUACACAGUCAGCCAGCAAAACUAUGAAAGAACUGAAUACUCCGAUCCAACAGAAGAGUAUUCAAAUCCCGAAAAUGGAACAGGAGACACCAGCAACGAAGGCGAAAGACAAGAACAAAAUACGCCUAAUGGACAGCAUUCGGGAAACGCCGAGCCUGGAUACCUGCAGGGGAGCAACGGUCCGCGAGCUUCACUCGAUUGUAACGGGUAUCCGGGCGGCUAUACAAGCGGACAAUAUAGAGAGAACGGUCAAACGCAAAAUCAGAACGACUGGCAACAGAGGCAGUGGCAACAUAACCAAAGACUUCAGAACCAACAAAUGCAAAACCAACAGCAAAUGCAAAAUCAACAGCAGAUGCAAAACCAACAGCUACAGAAUCAACAGCAGCAAAUUCAAAACCAACAGAUGCAAAACCAACAACAAAUGCAAAACCAGCAACAACAAAUUCAAAAUCAACAACAACAAUUGCAAAAUCAACAGCAACAACAACAGAUGCAGAAUCAACAACAAAUUCAAAAUCAGAUUCAGAAUCAUCAAAACCAACAGCUGCAAAAUCAACAAAUGCAACAACAGAGGCAAGAAGAAUCAGAACAGCAGAUGUUUUCACAAUCAGAUAGGGUUAACUUGAACUCUAGGCUGAAAACGAUGAUAUUAAAUAAACAAAAUCAUACUCGAGAUGGAACUAACACGCCACCUGACAAAGGGGAUCCAGGAGAAGGGCCGCCUCGAGUGCUAGACGAUAGAAAGGGCGGGGUAGUCUCCGUCAAUGAUGACAGAAAUACUACCGGUCAUUUUUUAUCGUAUAGCCACCAUCUCCGAGAUAAUUACCGCAUAAGCGAACAAGGUUAUCCUGUCGCUGGUAAUUAUGCACAAAACGUCCAAGCCUAUAGCGCGGGCGAGUUCGGAGGUGGUGGCCACCACGUAUGGGAGGGAGGGACGGAAGUCCAAAGAGGUUUUGAUAAACACGCUAUGUCUAAGAACGUUUCCAAAGCUCCUCAAAAGUUACCGCCUUAUGCGGAUGUGAGAAGUCAAUUCAGUACUUUCCAUAAUGUACCAUUUGAAGCGCAAAAAUAUGCAGAAAUUUAUGGUAGUGAUAGUUAUAACCAGCAAGAUAGCAAAGAUUUCCAAUCAAAAAUGCUCAUCGGACCAGUAUCGGAAAUGAAUCAACAACAAGUACACGCGCCGGCGCGCGACACAAGUGCACAAAGAAGGCCUUACGAAAGGGAAGUAUACGAUGCAAAAUAUAAACAUCCCUCAGCACCUUUGAUACCUAAAUUAGAAACACCGGAACAUUUUCAGUAUCCAAAGGACGAGAGGUUAAAAAAUGAUCAACGAUCAAUAAAUAGUUUGUAUCCAAAGCAAGGAGAAACAAAUACAAAUAAUGUUUAUAGGGACUAUCCAAAUGGCUUUGUUCCUAGACCGCAACAAGGCACCGUUUUACCGCCAAUAUCCACGAUUAAGCAAGAAAAUUUUGGGCAAAAAUCCCAGAACUUCCAAAAUUUUUCGCACUAUCCAUAUGACCAAAGACAAGAAAUGUCAGAAAUGUAUCAAAUUCCUAGAUUACAUGAGAAUAUUGGUUUCCAGAAAUACAAUAGAAAUCCUAUUGAAGUGAAAUCGAAGGAACCAGAAAGUAGGGGAAGUUCUGGGAGAAGCACUCCAGCUGAACCCAAACCACCAUAUUAUAUAGAACAGAUCAAAUCAGAGCAUUCACCGCCAGGCCACAAAAUAUACAAAAACAUGAGUUUUAACCAACCACCUAGAAUCGAACCGUAUAUGUAUCGAGGAGAUGGUGGUCCAGUAAUUAUAAAAAAUGAAAUUGGGUAUUCUUGUUGUCGACAAGGAUCUACUAAAAAUCCUCCACCAGAGCAUCUGAGAGAUGGUGCUUGUCCAGGGUUUCAGACCAAAGAUGAAGUGUUAGAAGAUGACCCAGACUUAGUUGAUAAAACAGAUCCUAAAAGCAACUCAAAAUCAAAUACGCCAACGCCAGAAUUGAUGGGGAAAGAUCCCAAACAAAAUCAAUUUAAUUACUCAAAAGAGUAUUUGGAUAAUUUAGAACGAUUACGCAAUAAUUCUAGAACUGAAGUGCCUGAUUGUAAUUGUUUUCCUGCUGAUAAAAACCCUCCAGAGCCUGGCAGCUAUUAUACUCAUUUAGGUGCUGCAUCGUCCUUAGCAGAGCUUAGGAAAGAUCUAGAAGCUCGCACUGGUCUGUCAGGAAAGGAAUUAAGGAUAGAGAAGAUAUGUUACACGGGUAAAGAAGGCAAAUCUCCUCAAGGCUGCCCCAUGGCUAAGUGGAUAAUUCGACGUACGAAUUACACAGAGAAAGUGUUAGUGGUGGUGAAAUUCAGGAACGGACACAAAUGCGCAACGUCUUGGAUAGUGGUCUGCCUGGUUGCGUGGGAGGGGAUACCGCAGUCCGAAGCAGACUUGGACUACACGCUACUAUCUCACAAACUGAACAGAUACGGUCUGCCGACCACCAGGCGGUGCGCUACUAAUGAGAACAGGACUUGUGCUUGUCAAGGUCUAGAUCCUGAAACGUGCGGCGCCUCCUACAGUUUCGGCUGCUCCUGGUCCAUGUACUACAAUGGAUGCAAAUACGCCCGUUCAAAAACUGUCCGGAAAUUCCGGCUGUCGGUCAAAACUGAGGAGAGCGAGAUCGAAGAACGAAUGCACGUCCUGGCAACACUGUUGAGUCCACUGUACAUGAAUUUGGCGCCAAAAUCCUUUGAAAACCAGUGCCAAUUUGAGAAAGAAGCCUCUGAUUGCCGACUGGGGUUCAAGCCUGGAAGACCAUUUUCUGGUGUCACGGCGUGCAUCGACUUUUGCGCUCACGCACAUCGCGACCUGCACAACAUGAAUAACGGUUGUACCGCUGUCGUCACACUGGCAAGACAUCGAAGUCUGGAAAAACCCACGGAUGAACAAUUGCAUGUGUUGCCACUCUAUGUCCUGGACACGACGGAUGAGUUUGGGUCGAAAGACGGGCAAGAAGAGAAGAUAAAAAACGGGGCGCUGGAAAUCUUGGACAAAUAUCCAAUGGAAGUUCGUGUGCGAUCAGUGCCUCUUCAACCUUGCCGACGUCACGGUAAGAAGCGGAAAGACGAAGAAAAUUCUGAAUCCAACAAUUCUUCCACAAACAAUACUCAAAGCCCCAAUAACCAGAAGAAACCUCAACAGUGCUCCACUCCAGGGCCCCGCACUCCCCAACCAAAUGACACGCGAAACAACGCCAGUCCAAGAAGCCAAAAUAGCGCCUCUCCUAGAGCGCACACUCCAGCUCUCAACCAAAAUCCAUCGCCUUUCAACAAUUCUUAUAACUCCGCUUUCGUAAACCCAAACAUGCACAAUCAAAAUAUUAUGAAUCCGAACUUAGGUAACCCGGCUUUACUAGACAUGGCUACCAUGAUUGACAACUUCACUGACGCUCAACUCCAAAGUAAUCAAAUAUCGAGUACAGUAUUAGAUUCACCUUACAAUCCAUAUGACCAAAGCUACAAUCUCCAUCAUCAAAACGCUUUAUAUAACCAAAAUCAGUUACCAACAGUAGUUGAUGCAAAUUGUCAAAAUGCUAACCCAAAUCAACUGCCAAGUUUCUCUGCUGGUUUACAAAAAAGGGAUCAACAAUUUCAUAAUUCAAAUACGGAGCAUUUGAAUAAUCCAAAUCCAAACCAAUGGCCAGAUUUUGCCAACAGUGAAAUGUUCAAUAAUGUCGUCAAAGAGGACCCCGACUCAACUACAGCACAUUUAAAUAUUCCGCCAAAUUUUAGUCCAGAUUCUAAUAGAAGUGAACCUAACUCACUAACGCCUAACUCGGAACAAGUACCACAUAAAACUACUACAGAAUUAGACAAACAUAACUUGAUACCGGGUGAUAUGAAUAAAAUACCUGAAUUCGACAUGCCUAAUUCCCCACGAUUAACGGAGAUAUCGCAGAAUGCCCAAGGCACACCCGAGUCACCUGCCCCGUCACAAAUACCAGAAUUGAAAUCACCAAAUAAUGAUAUGAACUCCACUGAAGGCCGCAAAAGUGUAUGGAAGUCACCUGAUUCUAAGAACUGGGAAACAUCAAAGCUAAAAGAACAGUCCUCUAAUGACAAUGAAAAUUCUUUAUUUAGAGUACCUAAAGCCAGACCACCAUCCAGAUCACAACAUAUCAACCCACCAGAAUGCGGUACAGAAAAUUCAACAUUUCUGAAACCAUAUCCACCAUCGGAGCGACCUCAUCUCAGUCAAGGUUAUGAACAUAGAAGUCCAUAUGAUAACAGGUUGACAAAUACCACAGCACCUCCCACAUCAGCUCCUCAAUCAAAUUACACGAUAAACCAUGAUGAAGUUAAUCAGAAUAUGGCAAUAUCUAAUAAGCCUGCACAAGAAUUUCCCGGAAAUAAUUUUCAAUCUGUUAACCAAAAUGCUUAUGGUAAUCAAACACCUGUUCAGGCAUAUGGUAACUAUCCACAAAUGCCGAAUGCAUAUCCUUUUCCACCAAACCCUUACGGCCAUUUCAACCCUUAUGAGGGAACUUACAACGACUACAACAGUUUAGCAUAUUACAACGCUGAGAAAUAUAAAAGAGAGGAGCUGUUAAGAAAUCCACAUUGCUAUAAUUCGUACGGUUAUCAGUACAAUCCCAAUUUCAAUCCAAACUUUUACCAAAAUCCAAGUCCAAAUUGGUGCCAAUCGUCUCCUAACUGGUGUUUAUACCCACCGGCUUUCUCCAUCCCGUACCCACCUGAACCACCCAAAGCGGAACCUAUAGGAGAAGUGACUGACGUCACAGAAAAUUUAGAAUGUUUCAAAGAUAGCCAAAUGGGAGGCGUAGCUAUAGCGUUAGGUCACGGCAGUGUCUUAUUCGAAUGCGCCAAACACGAAAUGCAUUCCACAACAGCAGUGAAGACUCCAAAUAGAAUGAAUCCAACGAGAAUAUCCUUAGUCUUCUAUCAGCAUAGAAAUUUGAAUCGACCAAAGCACGGGCUGGAAGAGUGGGAGGAGAAAAUGCGAUUAAAAAAACUGGGUUUGAAUCCUUCUACUCCGAGUACGCCGGGACCACAUUCCAACUCUGUGUCUCCGGCGACCACUCCAGGGCCUGAUCUGCGGCAAAAUGCCGAGAAAUGGAAGAAUAAUGAGAACACGAUUCCAGGUGGUUACAGUACUUUGGCGGCGUUGGUGGAAGCCACGAACGCUGCCAAGAAGAGCAGGCAGAUAAUGUUGCGCACGGACACGUCGACCACGAUGUCGUGGACGACGCUGUUCCCGAUGCACCCGUGCACGGUGACGGGCCCCUACCAGGAGUCGGCCACCUGACACAAGCCCCAGGCGGCGCCCCGACAUAAGCGACAAUUUCCAAACGAUGGAUUGAAGUCCCUUCCGUAGUUUUAAGGUCUAAGUUGCCUUUCGAUUUGUAGAAUCUAAUCUAAUCGUCGAUUAGAGAGACAUGUGCUUUCCAAAAUAUUUUGUAGUUCCUGGAUUUAUAGAUUUAAAAUUAAGGUUCGUUCGCCGGCGCGGACCGGUCCGAUGUGCUAUGAUAAAAUUAACAGCGAGAUUCCUUUAAGCAUUUACAUUGGAAUUGACUAUCGUUUUAACGUAGUAUUUUUUAAAGCUAUACCGAGUGAUUUUUUAAUCAAAGAUGUAACUUUAAGUUAAUAGUGUUUAUCGCAUUUCAGCUAGUCUUAUGUUACUAUGUUAGUAUCGAUUGUGUAUUGUCGAAUGACCGUAAUUGUGUAGAAUUUUUGUAUAUUGUCGUAUUUUUAGUUUUUACCGUUGACUUGAUUCGUUUUGGGAAUUUAGUUUAAUUAUUUUACAUACUUCACUGUAAAAAAUAGGGAAGUUAGUAUGUUUUGUCUGCAUAUUUUGUCGAUGUUUUCUAAUUAAGCGCAUAAUAUAUUGUAUGCGAUGCAAUGAUCUCAUAAACUACUAACCUGUAUGUAACCGUAUCAGAACAAAAGUACAAAACAUCACAUCAAAAGGUUGUGGCCCUGUGGCGGAGGCCGAGGGGCGGAGGAUACAUUCGGCUAUCGUGUUUAUUGAUAUUUUUGUACCUUUGUCUGUUUUAGUUGUUUUACUUUGUAACCUUAAUUACCAUUCCUGAAUAUUAUUUCGGCGUAUGUUAUAAUUUGGCCGCGAAGCCGGCGCGUCGUGUAUUUUUACUACAAACAUACGAGUGCUUUUCUAUUAGGUUAGGAUGUGUGUAUUUUUAACUUUUUAGAAUAUUUAACUUAUUUAUAUUGUAUUACGUGAACCAUUAUCGAAUCAUUUUCUUUGUAAUAAUUUAGUGUUACUGUAGACAUUAAUAUUUAAUAUAUUUGCUUUAUGACUCGAUUAAAUUAUUGCGGUUGUUUUGAGCAUGUUUCAAGGAGCCUUCUUUACUCUCAUCGAGUGCCUGUAUGUUCGGCUAUAAUAAGUACUCGUUUCGUUGGUAUUAUCGUGAAUCUAAUUUCCUACAUUGCCACUCGAAAUGUGACCUUAUUCUUUAAAAUUACUCUUACUUAGCGCGACGAUAAAAUUUUAUAAAUUAGAUACAAUAAAAAGAUGAAUAAUUAAAUACAUUAUAAGAAUAGAAUAUGUGCAGAAAAAAAUUCAGGCGCUUGGAAAGAUUAUAAAGUAGGCAUAUUAUGGAAAAUGAAUGAAAACAUACUGAUGAAUAGUUAUUAAUAUAUAAUUAGGCUAAGUAAAAGUUUGUUUUAAAGAUUAAACUAUUGAUAUAGUUUAUAUUUUUUACGUGUACGUAUUUAUUGAAUGGUAAAUUUAUUGGGACGAACGUGAAAUUAUUUAUAAGUGAAAGUUUUGAGAACAAAACUUAUAAAACUAAGCAAUAAUAGACAUCGGGGUCUAUAUAUAUUGUAACGUAGGAGUGAAAAAAAAUAAUAUAUCGAAUGGUGCGAUUUUGGCGACCUUUUGUAUCCGCUUCGGUUGAGUUUUGGACGAAAUUUGCCUAAAUUGAACAUUGUUUUUGUACAUUUGGUAAAAUGCCCUUUUUCUUGCCAGUACUAGCUGCCAACUUCAUGUGAAUUCAGUGUGACUAGACAUAUCAAAGGCAUUAUUUUGUGGAUAAUUUAAAUGGGUCGAUUCCAGUCUACUAGGAUUGAGUGACGUUGGUAUAUUUAAAAAUAGGUUUUAUAUUGCCUUAAAAAUGAAAAAAACUUACAUUUCUGGUUUGAAAAAAGGAUAGAAAUGAAAAAUCAUAAAAUUUAAUUUAUGAAACAGUAGAUAUACAAGCACCAAUUUAGUACUUAUAAAAAUCAAACCCGAUCGGAAUUGACCCGUACCGUACAAAAUCCUUGCUAUUGUUAUUUAUACAGGCAACUUUUGACACCAAAUUGUAAAAAAUAAUAAUUUUGUAGUCGAUGUAACAUCUUUUAUAAGUAAAAUCAUUUAGGCCACACUAGGAACCUGUGAUAUAACCAUUAACUCACGAGUGUUUGACUGCUUGUAUGUUCGUCUGUCAUCGUGUGAAAAUUGUUAAUUGUUUACAGGAGCUUAGUAGCUAUCGGGUUAGUUAGCCGUGCAAGAAAAUUGUGUCGUGAGCGUAGCUAGGAUGAGCGUUCAUCUUUAUAAAAUUCGACACCAAAAAAAUGAAUAUAUCUAUAAUAUUGUAUUCAAAUUAGGUCUAAUAGAUUGCAUAAUGAAAAUGAAGUAUUAAUCCUUAUAACCACCUCCCUGGCUACGCUAAUUAUAUUGGGGAAAAAACUGUUUUUUUUUCGAAACAUUAAGUAAAUAAGUCCUCGUUAACUUGGCAUUAGGAUAGCAUUCAAACCAAAAACGACCAGUAUUGUCAGGAUUUAAACCAAAAAAAUGUUUUAAGUUUUGUACUUGGGUUUACCGAUGUGAAUGUUUUUUACGUGUUGAGCGGCGCGUACCGCCGAAACUAUUGUGUAACAAUAUUUUUAUUGUAUUCUGCCAAAACAAAAGAGUAAUCGAAUGUGUCAUGUAAAUAGAACUACCAUUAUUUAUUAAUACAAUAAUUUAAAAAGAA